AGAUUCUAAAAUUAGACGGUUGUCUCUGUUCAGUCAGUGCCCCGAGGCUGCCGUUCUUUCCAUCAGCCUACCCGCAACGCGAGCGGACCUGUGGGGGGUUACGUCUUCGGUGCAGCCCUUCUUCGCUUGUAACUCGGUGCUAUGCUGAGCAAGACAACCUGACCUUCCUGCAAUGACCGUUGCUCUGUCAUUAGCGCAAUCACGGCCUGAGGUUAGAACUUCCCUUCCUGUUAAUAGUCGGGGCGCUACGGCACCGAAGUCUACAUUGUAGCGCAGUUUUGACACGCUGUUACUCGGGAGAGACGCGAUGUCGAACGGGAAUAACUACUUGAACAUCCCGAGCAAGGAGGCUGCUCUAAGCACAAGAUCUGCUGAAGAGACGGGCAACUCGGCGGCGGAGGAUGAAGACGAAGAGGAGAGUGAGGAGUGCUACACACUCGUGCUGAGGUCCUCCCCGGUGCCUAGAAGGCGCGGGCUGUCACUUUUCGACGAAACCGUGGAAUACAUGAAGCUUCGUCUGACGUUGCCUAGCAGGAGGGUGUCCUUCGUUGACAGCCAUGGUGGGGAUCUAGUGGAAGUCAAGGAGUUCGUCGCUUUUGACUCGGACGAAGAGGAAGACCCGAGAUGGGAAAUAGAGGAUGCUCGCUACCGUCCCGCGCCCCACGAACCAAUUUACCAGGUGUUCCCAGAGUUCGAAGUGCCGGCCAACACAGCCUUAAUGCUUGCGGUGCAAAAUAACAAAAUAGAGAUGGAGGGUCUGUCCUUCAUAGAGAACGACCCGCUUUCAUUCAGUGGAUUGAUUCGAGUCCUGAACAUUUGCUUUAAUAAGGCUGUCUACGUUCGCUUCACUAUGGACGGCUGGAAAACGUUCUUCGAUUAUCCUGCAGACUACGUCCAGGGCUCCAACGACGUCGAGACAGACCAGUAUUCCUUCAAGCUGUCGUUUGCUGCACCUUUUACAACGCACGGCAGCAAAAUUGAGUUUGUUUUGCGCUACGAAACCCCCGAGGGAGACUUCUGGUCGAACAACGGAGGGAAGAAUUAUGUGAUGGUUCUGCAUGUAUCCUACGCAGAUAAUAAUAUUCAAGCGAAUGGGAUGAAUGAUCGAAAACUCAAAAGUAUCCUGAAACCAGCCAGAAUAGAGAAUGACUCUGAGGAGGCCAGUCCUGCAGAAACUGCAGAAGAGGACUCGAAAAGGACGGAGACGGAGAACACCGCGCCGAAACGCGCUCCCAUUCUACCACAAAUCGUUCAACCUAAGAUUGACAUUGAGAAUGAAGAUGCCAGACCCAGCUCCCCCUCCAAGAAUGACACAGAUCGAAUAGUAGACAGUGUUCCACCACCUAGUGAUACACCCCUGUCCCUUUCAGCUGUGGACCAGGUGGAGGUCUUCGCACCAAUAACUACUCAGCCCCUAACAACCCAGCCUCAGUCUGAAUCCCCACAGAAAGUAGACUUUUCAAAACACAAUUGGGUCUUGGAGGAGCAUGUGGAUGACUCCGUGCCAGGUGCACAGACCUACAGCUACACCAAGACCCAGACUGUACUCUGUACAGGCGGCAAGACAACAGUCAAAGUGUCCUCAGAGUCAAACAUUUUCAACUACACCACCAGUCCUGAGGCAAUCCCCCUUCCCAAAGACGAGGAUGGCCCUGAGACGGACCAGGAUGUUGUGGAAGCAGAAACCGCCUCGGAAACUUCGGAUGAAAUCAACAAGCCUCCCGUCAGUAUCCCUAGCCCCUAUAAAGAUGCAGACCCUGACCAUAAGCUUGAAAUGGAACCUAAUGACCAGAGAAGAGGGGACAGUAAAGGUUAUCUGAGGCACGCAGGGGCCUUUGAGAGUUAUCAGAGCUUGGCGAGUGAAAGGCAGGUGGCAGCUUACCUUGAUCCACCUGAGAAGGCAAGUAAGACAGUCCCAGACGGAGAGCUUUCUGCCCCUAGAGCAGCUGCGAUGGUCUCCCAGCCUGGUGAAGAGGAACUGACAGGUCUGGAUUCCUCUGAGGAGGACCAACCAACUGAAAGCCCAGCAGAACCUGCCACUGUUCCCUCCCAAAGCCCAGUCCUCCACUUCAUACCGGAUGACCUAGCCACAGAGUUUGAUGAGUUAUUGGUUCCCUCAGGUUACGACCUUGACGCCAAGGAAUCUCUCUUGGAGUUUCCGGUAGCUUCUGCGGAGGAAGUUAGCCAUGCAUUACGAGACACCUCGGGGGAAAUCACACCACCAGACCGUGCGGCCUUCUCCACACACAUCACAGCUGAUGCUGCUGUGCGGUCGUUGAGCCACACGUACUCCCAUGCUCUAGAUGAAGGAGUGUGGGAGGAACAAGCUGAAGAAUAUUCCUGCCCUGCAGUGCUUCCUGCCCCUCUGGGCUUAGAAGGUGACAGUCCCCUUGAGGGCGUCGAAAGUCAUGAACAGCGGGAGGUGGUUCGCCAGCGGGCUACUGAACCGGCCACAGCACAAAGUGCCCAGCUUGCAGCCCAUCUACGCCAAGCCUACGUCACAUCUUCAGUCUUCCUUAAGUUGGCCUUUUGCCUGGUGUUAGCCUACCAUCACCUCGAUAUCUUGCCCUUUGUGCUGCUUUAUUUCAUCUGUCUCUGAGCAUCUCUGACAGCCAACCUACCCUUGUUUUUCCUCACCGUCUCCUCACCCAGAGUGCCUACACAUGUGCUAAAAUAAUGCCAAAUGCACUUUGCCCCAGCUAAUUAGAGCAUUAAUAAGUGCACCCAGGACAGUCCAAGAUGCAUAAAGAAGGAUCCUUGCCAGUAUUUCUUUACAGGGACUAACCUAAAAUAAGGAGAGCUGGUGCAUGCAAAUCUCAUAAACACAACAAAUUCACCAUCUGGAACCUCAGAGUCGGAGUCUGUUGGUCCAGGGACGUCUUCCUAGGAGUCGGAAUUUGUUGGUCCUGGGACGUCUUCCUUGGAGUCGGAAUCUGUUGGUCCUGGGACGUCUUCCUUGGAGUCGGAAUCUGUUGGUCCUGCAACGUCUUCCUUGGAGUCGGAAUUUGUUGGUCCUGGGACGUCUUCCUUGGAGUCUGAAUCUGUUGGUCCUGGAACAUCUUCCUCAGAGUUGGAACCUGUCGUUUCUGAGCAUUGAGCACUCCAGAUAUCAUUUUGGAUAUGAUUACACAUCCACAGAAGUAUUCAUGUAUGUACUUCAUGUUUGAUUUACAUCUAUUACUACAGCCUUGAUUUAUACAUUUUUUUAAAAUACAUUCAAAAGAUGAAUGGGUGUGAGGUUACAUUAUUCCUCAUGUGUCAUUUAACUUCCAUUACUUUUCACAAAACAGCAGUUACCCUUAACCCUUACUUACACACAACAGUGUUUACUUUCCUCCACCGACAGAGCUCGGGGAGUUCAUUUUGUUCAUUUAUGAAUUCACCCAACUGUGAGUGUGGAAAAUAAAAUAGAAACACUUGUAUGUAAUAUUUUAUACCCCUGUUGCUGUGCACUUAUGUUCUUUUGUAUUGUCACUCUUGAAGUGUAAAGUACUGAUGACAUUUGGAAUGUUUAUGACAAGCACAAUCAUUCAAGGUUCUUACUGCUGAGGCCAAUGAAGUGUUACAUCAAGUGCUAAAUAUAAAAUAUAGGAAGAACCACGAAUCCAGAAAUUACCCACCACUGGAAUUGUUCUCCGAACCAUCUUCAAAACAUUGUUUUACUGUCAAUAUAUUAAAUAUAUUCUUAAAUAUAUUGCUUUACUAAACUGCAAAUGCACCAUGGGUAGCAAGUAUCUUGAGAAAUGGGCUGGAGAAGCCAAAUAUAGAACAGAAAAGGCACAGCAAAACAUCCUGUGGCAAAUAUAGCGGUUGAUAUUCAUAUACAUAAGAUUCUUUGAUGUGGUGAAGAAGUGUUCUUAGAUGAGCCCACUGGAAAGCAUCUUUGGUAUCAAUGAGCCACGUUGCAGUGGUUUGCAGAUACUGGUAUUUUUGAAUGGGUGGAAAUUGAAAGGAAAUGAAACCCAAGAUAAGCACAUAGUUGGACAUGCAAAGCAUUCAUAAAUUAAAUGAGUACAAUCUCACUUUGGUAGAAAGUUUAAUCUUGGGAAUAGUGAUGUAUGUGUAUUAUUAGGGUCUUAAGGACAGAGAGGGUUUUGUGCAAACAUUUGACUUUGCAUCUUGAGAUGUGGAUAUGGUGAGAAGGACACGCUAUGGAGCUAAGCUAAGGAGCUAAGCUAAGGAGGUUUAUAGAAAGCUGCCGUCAUCAUUUUCUGGGGCCCAUCCUUGAUGCCACAGUAUGGAUUUGGAUUCAUUAAACAUUUACCUUUAACUUUGACCCUCCCUUAUAGCUGCAGGUCAAAGUUAAAGACACAUCUUUGCUGAAUCUCAUGUUCUUGCUGACUUUGCUGGAAAGCUGCAGUGAAUACAACCCAGAGCCCACCCAUAUCUGGAACAUUGACUGAAGUAAAAAGAUGUAUUCCAGAUUUGACUUUGUGCAGUUAUCUGUCAAACUCAGGAAUCCUGCUUUGUGGAACAGGCCGCUGAUCCCCCAGGUGACACCUUCAGCUUUACAAACCUCCUUGGCUUUAGUGGCCAACUGACUAGUAGGACAGAGCAAGGAACUGGGUAAGGGAGGUGGCCGAAUUAUUACAGGUUGUUGGACUGGGAGGUCAAGGCUGAGACAGUGGGAUUACUGGACCUCAGGAGAAUGAAGACAUGGCAGGUGUUUUGUGUGAGAGACAGGAAAUGCCUUCUUUUUUUCUUUAAAAAAAACAAAACAUACAGACUCUACUUUUUAGCAGCAGUGAAGUCUUCUGGAUGUGGUGGAAUGGCUGGCGUGUCCUCAGUUCUGUUGGGCACUUGGUGUAACCCAGCUGUGUAACAGGAGGAAGGGGUUUGGGUCUGUCCUGGCAGAACUGCAUGUUUUAUCCAUUUUAUUGUCCAAAAUAUUCAGUUCAUCCUGGAUGUUCACUGUACAACUACUGUGAAAAUGAUGAAUGUUGAAGAGGUUUUAUGAUAAUGUUUAAAGUGAAGUGUGUGUGUGCAUUUGCAGUGCGUGUGCACGUGUGAGACAAAAGAAACAUGCAUUUCUGCAUAUAAACUCUCAUCAAAUCCUAAA